AUGGAUAUUCAGGAGAUAAUAUCCUAUUAUUUAGAAGAUUACUUCAUCAAGCAAACUACGGACACUGAAAGAAUCAUUGACGCAGACCGUGAUACCGAUACUCAGAAAACUGAAUAUCCUGCCAUCGAGGAAAGUCUUCAGAACAGGGAACCUGUGAAGAAAGAAUCCACUGAGUUAGCUGUUCCCAUAAAAGAUGCAGUCGCUGAUACAGACAGUGGAUCAGAGAGUGAAUCAGACAGUGAAUCAGAGAGUGACAACAAACCUAAGUUUCGACAUAUGUCACUGAUACUAGCAGACCGACACAUAUAUUUUAAAGCCAAGUUGGAAAAGGCAAUUCGGAAAAAGAAAAUCUUCUGGCUGCUACGUGCUGAGCACAUCGAUGAAAGCAUGCGUAGGAGAGGAUGGAUACAGAAAAUAUCUUUUACAUUUGAUGCAAAAGCGAGGGAUAGUAGAUAUCUUGAUCCAGACAGCGGAUUGGAGCUGAAGCUUUCUUAUUCUGUAAAGCCCUCACUGAUCUGGUCAUACCGCCAUUAUCCCUACUCUAUUGUGGAACAAGAUCAGAUGAUGAACAGCUAUACAAACACGGACUGCUUUACAACCAAGUUUGGACUGUGCGUGAAUUUAAAGAACGCGGACAAAUUCUUCCCACGUUGCUAUGACCUGGCGGAUAAAAAAGGGAGAAUGUUAUUUACUGGUAAGAGCACAUUAACAUGCACUCAAUAUUCAGAAUGUAUAUUCACAUUAUCUAUGGAACCUGGCUUUCUUUGAUCCCCAAUCACAACCACAAACAUCUUUGAGAGUCACUGAUAAUUUUCGGGGCAUUUUCCCAAAGG